GUUCGUUGAAUACAGAAUUGCAAUUUGUGUUGUUGCGGUUGUUUUCCUUUUCGGUUUUCCAAGAACGUUACAUUAACAAAUGAAUAUGCGGAAAAAUACGCUAUCCGAGGAUGAUAUACGUGAUUUGCAAGACACAGUUGUUACUUUGCGGAUAAAUAUUCCUCCAAUGUACAAAAAACUCCUGUGGAAAGAGUGUCAAAUAGAGCAAAUGCAAACGGCGAAAACCGACGUUUGCGUACCAAAGCAGCCGAUCGAGAAACUGGCCACAAUGGAAAGGUUACAGCAACAUGAUUUUUCGACGGAAAUCGGCACGCAGAAGACUCAGGAAGCUGUUCAGAUGCUGAAUAUUCUCGACAAGUUUUUUCCUAGGACGCGUCAACCGAAUUGAGGCUUCUUCAUCGUUCAGUGAUCCUCUAAUUCCAAUAUGGAAUGUAAUUCUUCGAAGACAAUUUUUAAGCAGGACAAACCUGGUUUAAGAUGCUAUUAGGAUGACGAAUGGACAAAGAAUUUAGUUAUUAUUUAAAGCAAUGGCGAUGCUAGGAAUUCGGUUUAUCUUACGUGUAGGAGUGUAAUGAUCGGUUUUCUCCGAAAUAAGUUUCCUUUCGUUAGCACUUGCAGCACGAAAAUUACUUUCAACUAAAAGCAAACAAAUUGAUGCUUGGAUAUUUCGGUAGUUGGAAGUACCACAAAUACAAGAACUUAC